AUGCAAGCAACUUCCCAUGCAAUGUUACCUCCCCGCCAAAUUCAUCUUCUUCGGCGAAAUUCCGGUGCAUCCGGUCACUGGAUCUCGGGCAUUGACUGCCUAAGCUGGCGUUUUGGUGUAGAAACUAACACCAUCCAAGGAUGGAGAUUGGUCCCUGAAAAUUGUAAAGACUAUGUUGGUCACUACAUGCUUGGGAAACAGUACCGUGAAGAUUGCGAUGUUGUGGCAAAGGCUGCUCUGGAGUACGCCAAAAGCCUCAAGCUCGCCGGAGAUGGCAAGGACGUUUGGGUCUUGGACAUUGACGAGACUGCACUCUCAAAUCUACCUUACUAUGCUCGGUCUGAUGUUGCAUUCGGGCAAGACUCCGAAACAGGUACUACAUCACUGGUGUACAAAUCCAACAAACGCAAAGAGCUUGUAAAAACAGGAUACAGAAUACUUGGAAACAUGGGAGACCAGUGGAGCGAUCUACUUGGGAGCAACAUUGGUAAUCGAACUUUCAAGUUGCCCGACCCGAUGCAAGACUCCGAAACAGGUACUACAUCACUGGUGUACAAAUCCAACAAACGCAAAGAGCUUGUAAAAACAGGAUACAGAAUACUUGGAAACAUGGGAGACCAGUGGAGCGAUCUACUUGGGAGCAACAUUGGUAAUCGAACUUUCAAGUUGCCCGACCCGAUGUACUACAUUAGUUGA